AUGUUCAAGGCAGCUCUGGCGCUCAAGAGGAGUCAAAGGACCCCUGCAUUCAUUUGUGAGAUCCUCGACGCUUUGGUAUUCAAGCAAAUAGCAACGCAGUUGGGAGGCAAUCUGCGCAUAAUAGCAGUGGGGGGAUCGCCUUUGUGCGCCGAGACGCAAGUGCUGAUGCGAGCCUUGUUCGGCUGCGUAAUCCAAGUGGGCUACGGCGCCUCGGAGACGGCCGCGUGCAUCACAGCUACCGACGGCAGGGACCUGCGGACGGGCCACUGUGGCGCGCCUUGCCACGGGGUCCAGCUGGGGCUGUUGGACUGGGACGAGUGCAGCUACCGCAUCACGGACAAGCCAUUUCCUCGGGGGGAGGUUAUCGUGGCAGGCCCUUGCGUCUCGAAGGGUUACUUCAAAAGGCCUGAAGAUACGCAGAGGGUGUUCAUCGAGAUCGACGGCCAGCACUUUUUCUGCACUGGCGACAUCGCCCAGAUUGACGACACGGGCGUGGUUCGCAUCAUCGACCGCAAGAAGGACAUCGUCAAACUGAAUGACGGUGAGUACAUCGCGGUAGGACGAAUCGAAAUGAAGAUGAAAACAAAUCCAUUUGUGGAUAACAUCUUCGUCUAUGUGCGACCCGGCUCGAACAGGUGCAUUUGCAUUGUCGUUGCCAAUGCAGGCCAGGUCAUGAAACUCGGGCAAGAGCUGAACUUGGACUUGAGCUUCGAAGACCUCUGCCAAACCCCCGAGGUUGUGGCCAAUGUGCUGCAGAGGUUGCAAGCCCAUGGCCUGGAGCUCGGGCUUACGAAGCGGGAGCUCCCAGUGGCGCUCUAUCUGACCCCCCUCGCCUUGGACGCCGGAGACGGGCCUGGUGGGCCCCGCGCUCAAAGAUCAGGAGGAAAGUGGUCGAGGGCGCACUUCCGAGAUCAGAUCGACGCCAUGUACAAUAACGGGCCAGAGAAGACCAGGUAA